CCAGAGGCCUUGGCCUCGCCCCCGUUCUUAUCUCCACUCGUGCCGCCUUCCCCCUCCCCCCCUUCCCUUUCUUUCUCCUCCCUCUUGCCGCGGCUCCUCUCCCACCUCCCCUCUUUGCCUCUCCCAGGUCAUGGCAAAGCUGGAGCAGCAGAGGAAAUAGUAGCAGCAAGUGGGAGAUAAACUGGGAGCUAGGUGAAUACUACAAGUAGCACUACAAGGAAGGACAGUCUAUCUGCCUGUGACUGCGAGUGAGUUUGCUUGGGUGCCGCCGUGUUUGUUGAGGUCGCGAUGAUGGGAGGUGGGCUGAUGAUGGAUCAGGGCAUGGUGUUCCCUGGCGUCCACAACUUCGUGGAUCUCCUGCAGCAGAACGGCGACAAGAACCUCGGCUUUGGGUCGCUGAUGCCGCAAACGUCGUCUGGCGACCAGUGCGUGAUGGGCGAGGGGGAUCUUGUCGACCCGCCGCCGGAGAGCUUCCCGGAUGCCGGGGAGGACGACAGCGAUGAUGACGUCGACGACAUCGAGGAGCUGGAGCGCCGCAUGUGGCGCGACCGCAUGAAGCUGAAGCGGCUCAGGGAGCUGCAGCAGAGCCGCGGCAAGGACCAGGCGGCUGCCGGCGGUGGAGGGGGCGAUGGGUCGUCCAAGCCAAGGCAGUCGCAGGAGCAGGCGCGGCGCAAGAAGAUGUCCCGCGCGCAGGAUGGCAUCCUCAAGUACAUGCUGAAGAUGAUGGAGGUGUGCCGUGCGCAGGGGUUCGUGUACGGGAUCAUCCCGGAGAAGGGCAAGCCGGUGAGCGGCGCCUCCGACAACCUCCGCGCCUGGUGGAAGGAGAAGGUCCGGUUCGAUCGGAACGGCCCGGCCGCCAUCGCCAAGUACCAGGCCGACAACGCCGUCCCUGGCGCCGAGAACGAGCUCGCCUCCGGUGCCGCCAGCCCGCACUCCCUGCAGGAGCUGCAGGACACCACGCUCGGCUCGCUGCUCUCGGCGCUGAUGCAGCACUGUGACCCCCCGCAGCGGCGCUACCCGCUGGAGAAGGGCGUGCCACCACCGUGGUGGCCCACCGGCGACGAGGAGUGGUGGCCGGAGCUCGGCAUCCCCAAGGACCAGGGCCCGCCCCCCUACAAGAAGCCUCACGACCUCAAGAAGGCCUGGAAGGUGAGCGUGCUGACCGCUGUCAUCAAGCACAUGUCGCCGGACAUCGAGAAGAUCCGCCGCCUCGUCCGCCAGUCCAAGUGCCUCCAGGACAAGAUGACCGCCAAGGAGAUCUCCACCUGGCUGGCGGUCGUCAAGCAGGAAGAGGAGCUGUACUUGAAGCUGCAUCCCGGCGCGCGCCCGCCGGCAUCUGCGGGCGGCAUCGCCAGCGCCAUAUCGUUCAACGCCAGCUCAAGCGAGUACGACGUCGACAUGGUUGAUGAGUGCAAGGGCGACGAGGCCGGCAACCAGAAGACGGCCGUCGCCGACCCAACCGCGUUCAACCUUGGCGCGGCUAUGCUGAGCGACAAGUUCCUCAUGCCGACGCCGAUGAAGGAGGAGACUGCUGAUGUUGAGUUCAUCCAGAAGAGGAGCGCGGCCGCCGCCGCGGAGCCAGAGCUGAUGCUGAACAACCGCGUGUACACCUGCAACAACGUCCACUGCCCGCACAGCGACUACAGCUACGGAUUCCUUGACCGGAACGCCCGCAACAGCCACCAGUACACCUGCAAGUACAACGAUCCUGUCCCGCAGAGCACUGAGAACAAGCCGCCGCCGCCGCCUCCACAGUCACAAACCUUCGAGGGGUCCUUCAACCAACCUAACCAGGCGCUGAACAAUCUGGAUUUCAGCCUGCCCAUGGACGGCCAGAGGUCCAUCGCCGAACUGAUGAACAUGUACGACAACAACUUCAUGACGAACAAGAACAUGAGCAGCGACAGUGUCAGCAUCAUGGAGAGGCCUAAUUCGCUGCCCCAGAGGAUGCAGAUGGAUGAUGGUUUCUUUGGACAGGGCAACGGUGUGUUCGAUGAUGUCAAUAGCAUGAUGCAGCAACCACAGCAGGCGCCAGUGCAGCAGCAGCAGCAGCCGGCACAGCAGCAGUUCUUCAUCCGCGACGACACUACCUAUGGGAGCCAAAUGGGCGACAUCGCCGGCACAUCGGAGUUCAGGUUUGGUUCUGGUUUCAACAUGUCUAGCACCGUCGACUACCCAGGCGCGGCGCAGCAGAAGAACGAUGGCCCCAAUUGGUACUACUGAACAAUAAAGUUGUAGGGCUUAAAAACCUCUCUAUAAGCUUUGGGUUUCUCCAUGGUGCUCCUUGGCUUCCAUGGGGGGAGCGUCUCCUAAGUUGUCAAGUCUAUAGGUCUUUGUCAUAUAGGUUUUGCAGUAGCUGCAAGAAAGCUGGAACCUGGAACUGGUUUAUACUUGUAUGUCCGUCCAGCCAUAAACCUCUUAUGAAAUCUUAAUGUUAUUUCUAGUUUAAUUUGUUAGCUUCAAAACUGUUCAUAUGUCUGGUUUGUUGAAAUGCUUGUGCUUUUCCUUGUGUA